UAAUGUUUUCCCUUGAAAAAUGUGUUGGUGUUUGUUUAUGAUUUUUAACAAUUGAAUUUAGUUAUUGCGUUACUUUACUCCCCAUAAAAUCUGCGAUUGUUGACCAAUUUUUUAUUUUUGAAUGAAGCUUCAUUUUUAAAAUCAUCAUUUUUAAUGUUCAACAAAACAAACUGCAAAAUUUAAAUAUAAAGUUCAAAAAUAAAAGGAAACUAUGGAUCCUAAAAAUAGGGGAACAAAUGAAGAAAAUAUACCUUCUCGUGUUAAAAGAAUUAUAGACGCAGAUGAAGAAAAUAUACCUUCUCGAGUUAAAAGAAUUAUAGAUACAAAUGGCCGAAAAAGACGUAUAUAUAGUAUUAUACAUCAAGAUCCUAAACAAAGUUGUCGUCGAUUCCGUGCAAACGACCGCGAAAGACAUCGUAUGAACUCUUUGAAUGGCGCGCUGCAGACAUUAAAACGAUGUGUUCCUUUAUAUCAUGGAAAAAGAAGAGUUACAAAACUACAAAUUUUACAGUUUGCUUGUCAUUAUAUAAGCGAUCUCUCGGAUAUUUUGUGCAACCCAAAUUCAUUACAUGACUCGUUUGAAGAUAAUCGUAAUUCCCAGAUAAGUUCUUUAAUAAAUAUGAUGGAAAUACGGUCAUCAGAAGGAUUUUCAGCAACUUCAAAUCAAUCAUUGAUAGAAAGAAUGGAUUUUUUAACGUGUAAUACGAUUAACAUGUUUUCGGAUGUAAGUAUGUUUCCAUCAUCACACAUAUACCCAAUAGUUAAUAUUCCUCAAUGCACUGUUAGCAAUAACUUUUUUGAAAUGUAAUUGAGAUUAAAUUUUUAAUAUAAAUAAUAUCACUUU